AUGCGCACCGUCACGCGCGAAUUCGGCCACAAUAACUCGUUCCCGCACGGCAUGACGGCCACUGUGCUCGAGAUCGAACAUGUCGUCAUGAACGACGACGUCCGGAAGCGGUUUCGCUGGCGCAACGACGCCCACUACCCCCAGCUCCACAACGUGGCUGUCGGCGCGCCCCCCGACGAUGACGGCACCGACGAGCUGGAGCGGUCCGACGCAACCGACGAGUCCCCGUACAACUCGCCGUUUGCGAGCGGCACAACCAACCAAGGGUACUACCCCGCGUUCAGUUUGGGUGGACAGGACGACACCGCGGCUGCGUCCCCGGGAUGGCCAAAUGUAGGGUCUGCCAUGGCCGUGCUGUUUAACUGA